UAACGCUCUCACCUUGCCUCCUGCAGGGAAGCCCAUGAAGAGCGUGCUGGCCGUGGCUCUCCUUGUCAUUUUCCAGGUGUGCCUGUGCCAAGAUGAGGUCACGGACGAUUACAUCGGAGAAAACACGACGGUGGACUACACCCUGUUCGAGUCCGUGUGCGACAAGAAGGAAGUGCGGGACUUUAAGGCCUGGUUCCUCCCAGCCAUGUACUCCGUCAUCUGCUUCGUGGGUCUGCUGGGCAACGCGCUGGUCGUGCUGACCUACAUCUAUUUCAAGAGGCUCAAGACCAUGACCGAUACCUACCUGCUCAACCUGGCCGUGGCGGAUAUCCUCUUCCUCCUGACCCUUCCCUUCUGGGCCUACAGCGCCGCCAAGUCCUGGGUCUUCGGUGUCAACAUCUGCAAGCUCAUCUUUGCCAUCUACAAGAUCAGCUUCUUCACCGGCAUGCUCCUGCUCCUCUGCAUCAGCAUCGACCGCUACGUGGCCAUCGUGCAGGCCGUCUCGGCCCACCGGCACCGGGCCCGCGUCCUUCUCAUCAGCAAGCUCUCCUGUGUGGGCAUCUGGGUUCUGGCCACGGUGCUCUCCAUCCCAGAGAUGCUGUUCAGCAACAUCCUGAGGAGCAACAGCGAGCAAGCCUUUCGGUGCUCUCUCGUCACCGACCAGGUGGAGGCCUUGAUCGCCAUCCAGGUGGCCCAGAUGGUGGUGGGCUUUCUGAUCCCCCUGGUGGCCAUGAGCUUCUGCUACCUGGUCAUCAUCCGCACCCUGCUCCAGGCGCGCAACUUCGAGCGCAACAAGGCCAUCAAGGUGAUCAUCGCCGUGGUGGUGGUCUUCAUCGCUUUCCAGCUGCCCUACAACGGGGUGGUCCUGGCCAAGACGGUGGCCAACGCCAAUAGCACCACCACCUGUGAGCUCAGCAAGCAGCUCAACAUCGCCUACGAUAUCACCUACAGCCUGGCCAGCGUGCGCUGCUGCGUCAACCCUUUCCUGUACGCCUUCAUCGGCGUCAAGUUCCGCAACGACCUCUUCAAGCUCUUCAAGGACUUGGGCUGCCUCAGCCAGGAGCGGCUGCGGCAGUGGUCUUCCUGCCGGCACACCCGGCGCUCCUCAAUGAGUGUGGAGGCCGAGACCACCACCACCUUCUCCCCGUAGAGGCUUCUCUGCCCGGACUUGAGGGAACCUCUCCCGGGACCCCCCGGGUCGGGGACGGGGAGCAGAUGACGUGACUCAGGACCCAAAAGCUGCUGAGGGGAAAGGAAGUUCUGGCUCUUCAAGUUCAUCUCAUGGCGAAAACCCAUGCCACCCAAGACAGACCAUCAUCAGAAGACAGAUGCCCAACCCCAGCUACCUCAACCAAGCUGGCAGGGACGUGGCUGGUGAGCUACCAGAACCGGCCACACUCCAGCACCAAAGCGGUGAUCCCUCAAACCAAAAAACCAAAAGUGAAAGCGGAGAAAGUUCACACCUCCUGGAGCCAAGGGAUGGGCGCUGGUGAGGGCUCGGGCGGUACGAGGGCCCGGGGAGCCCUCCGCAUGAACCCUCACGGGCUCAGGCGAGGUCUUCCAGAAAACAAGACGGUGUCUCCAAGACCGGAGGCGAUGGGGAAACUUCUUGGCUAGGCAAGGGAAGGGAGACGCCAGCGAACGCUCUGCAUCCCUCCCUCCACCUCUCUUUUUCCACUGUCCUCCAAGCCAGCGAGAAAUGGCAGCCUCCAAGCCUCCCUAAAAGCACACUUGCCUCUCGCCUGCUGCCUCUCCUGGGGCGGCCGCCCUCCCAGGCCCUCC